CUUUUCCCUCCUGUUCCUUCCCUCAGCAGCGGCGGGCGGCAGCAGCCUAGGCAGCAGCAGUAGCAGAAGCAGCAGCCGCCGAGCAGCAGCAAGGACUCUGGAGUCAGAGUAGGACUGUAGGACCGGAGCCUGAGUGGAACAGGAGUGGAGCUGGCCUGGGAGAGAGCGGAUCCCUCCCAGCACCCUCAGGCCACCCAUUGCCUGCACUCUCCCUGCCAGACCUCCAGAGAGGAGAGACUCGGGACAGCCAGCCCCAGGUUCCCCCAGGAGGAAGUUCACUAUGGCUCCAGUCCCCUGGCCAUGCUGACGGCAGCGUGCAGCAAAUUUGGUGGCUCUAGCCCUCUGCGGGACUCAACAACUCUGGGCAAAGCAGGCACAAAGAAGCCGUACUCUGUGGGCAGUGACCUUUCAGCCUCCAAAACCAUGGGGGAUGCUUAUCCAGCCCCCUUUACAAGCACUAAUGGGCUCCUUUCACCUGCAGGCAGUCCUCCAGCACCCACCUCAGGCUAUGCUAAUGAUUACCCUCCCUUUUCCCACUCAUUCCCUGGGCCCACGGGCACCCAGGACCCUGGGCUACUAGUGCCCAAGGGGCACAGCUCUUCUGACUGUCUGCCCAGUGUCUACACCUCUCUGGACAUGACACACCCCUAUGGCUCCUGGUACAAGGCAGGCAUCCAUGCAGGCAUUUCACCAGGCCCAGGCAACACUCCUACUCCAUGGUGGGAUAUGCACCCUGGAGGCAACUGGCUAGGUGGUGGGCAGGGCCAGGGUGAUGGGCUGCAAGGGACAGUGCCCACAGGUCCAGCUCAGCCUCCACUGAACCCCCAGCUGCCCACCUACCCAUCUGACUUUGCUCCCCUUAAUCCAGCCCCCUACCCAGCUCCCCACCUCUUGCAACCAGGGCCCCAGCAUGUCUUGCCCCAAGAUGUCUAUAAACCCAAGGCAGUGGGAAAUAGUGGGCAGCUAGAGGGGAGUGGUGGAGCCAAACCCCCACGGGGUGCAAGCACCGGGGGCGGUGGUGGAUAUGGGGGCAGUGGGGCAGGGCGCUCCUCCUGCGACUGCCCUAAUUGCCAGGAGCUAGAGCGGCUGGGAGCAGCAGCGGCUGGGCUGCGGAAGAAGCCCAUCCACAGCUGCCACAUCCCUGGCUGCGGCAAGGUGUAUGGCAAGGCUUCGCACCUGAAGGCCCACUUGCGCUGGCACACAGGCGAGAGGCCCUUCGUCUGCAACUGGCUCUUCUGCGGCAAGAGGUUCACUCGUUCGGAUGAGCUGGAGCGUCAUGUGCGCACUCACACCCGGGAGAAGAAGUUCACCUGCCUGCUCUGCUCCAAGCGCUUUACCCGAAGCGACCACCUGAGCAAACACCAGCGCACCCACGGAGAACCAGGCCCGGGUCCCCCUCCCAGUGGCCCCAAGGAGCUGGGGGAGGGCCGCAGCACAGGGGAAGAGGAGGCCAGUCAGACGCCCAGACCUUCUGCCUCGCCAGCAACCCCAGAGAAAGCCCCUGGAGGCAGCCCUGAGCAGAGCAACUUGCUGGAGAUCUGAGCCGGGUGGAAGGUCUCCCACCCCAGGGCUGCCCUGACAGUCUCUCUUGGCUCUCUAGACCACUGCUUGCCAAUCACUCUCUUUACCCCAUGCAUGCCAUCCUUCGGGGCUCUCUCCCUCUGCCUCCCUCCUGGCCAUUCUGGGCUUGGGUAUCUCCUUGCAUGCCUCCUCAGCUCACCUUCUCUCUUCACCAUGAGACUGGCUUUCCACAAACUCUCAUCUCAGGCCCUCCCCUUGUGCCUGAUACCUGCACUCCGGCUUCCUAGACUCUGGCCCUGCCACACCAACACACUUUCUAUUUGGGCUCCCAACACUAUUUCUCCAUCUCACUCCUUGACAUGUACCCCUUUCUGCUUCUCAAGCUUAUUUCCUGCUGUCCCUCAGCCUCCAGGCUUCAGUCUUCCCAACUUCUUACACCAUUGCUUUCCAUUCUCCAGAACUCUUUUUCCUUUUUACAAACACAAUGAUAAUGAUAAUUUAUUGCCCCCUGGUGGCCUCUUCAUCAGGGACCAUGGUUGGGGGUAUUGGGGUUAGUGACCUGGCCAGAGGGUGCCAAGAGUGGGGCAGACCAGUGGGGAUCUGAUCCCAAAGAUGGGGUGACCCCAGGGUCAGGGAGGCUGCCCCCAGGCCUGUAUAUUUAACCCCUAUGUACCAGGAGUAAUGAAUAGUAAUAAUUCUAUUUAUGUAAGUUAUGAUGACGGGUCAGGUAGAGUGAGCUGGGGAGGGAAGUGGAUCCAUUUCUGCUAAGGAAAUUCUAGUCAAAUGCAUCUCUGUAUAGACAAAAUGUUAGUGGAGAAGAUCUUGUUAAUAGAAUGUCUAUCAUCAGAAUCUCAGUUGAUAGGGUUUCUCUUGUAAUGAAGUCUCUACAAAUUGGGUUAGCUACAUCUCUGCUAAACAGUUGAUGGGGUAUCUCUUGAUUAGGGGGAUCCCUAAUAUCCCCAGCCCCAGCCAGAAGCUGUGAAACCUCAAGUCCUAUGGAGGGGAGAAGGACUGGAAUGUACCCCAUCUCCCUUGACCGCAGAGCAGGUUCCUCCACUGCCCCUCCCCUUAGACACCAUGACCCCAUCAGGUUAAUCCCCUGUUGCCAUGGUUAUGGAGAGCUUGCAGCUGCCAUCUUAGAUGUGCUCUUUGGGGAAGCCCAUCUAACAGGAGGACAUUGGUUUGGGGGUGCACCUCCUGAAGAAUGGGUGGGGAAGGCUUUCUCUAGGAUCAGAUUCAAAUAAAUCAAGUAUGUAUUGAGUGCCUACUCUGUGCAAGGCACUAUGCUAGAUCUGGUGCCUAGAAGCCCUGAGAAAGAACUUAAAGAGCUAGGAGGACAGAGGCCCCCAAGCUGAUCUGGUGGUGCAUCCACGCACCCCCACCCUGGGACUUUGGAUGCUCCCAUCUCCACCUCCAGUGACUUUUAAAGCCGCUUCGUGCCUUUCCUGUAACGUUGGAUCCUCCUUUUCUGUCCCCUGCUGUCUCAAGGCCCCAAGUUAAAGGGUUAAAGCCGCUGGAGCUUGGGGAGAGAACAUUGUGGAAUGGAAGGGAUCAUGCCCUUUGUGGAGUCUUUUUUUUUUUAAUUUAAUAAAUAAAAGUUGGAUUUGAAA